GCGCGGCAUGGCGGGGCGCGGGGCCGGGGCGCUGCUGGCGCUGCUGGCGCUGCGGGCGCUGGGCGCGGCUGGGCACCCGCAGUGCCUGGACUUCAGGCCGCCGUUCCGGCCGCCGCGGCCGCUGCGCUUCUGCGCGCAGUACUCGGCCUUCGGCUGCUGCACCCCCGAGCGCGACGAGGCGCUGGCCGGCCGCUUCGGGGCCCUGGCGGCGCGCGUGGACGCCGCCCAGUGGGCAGCCUGCGCGGGCUACGCGCUCGACCUGCUGUGCCAGGAAUGCUCGCCCUACGCCGCCCACCUGUACGACGCCGAGGACCCGUCCACGCCGCUGCGCUCGGUGCCCGGCCUCUGUGAGGACUACUGCCUGGACGUGUGGGCCACCUGCCGCGGCCUCUUCCGACACCUCUCGGACGACCGCGAGCUCUGGGCGCGGGAGGGCAGCCAGGCCGAGCUCUGCCGCUACCUGGCCCUGGACGACGCCGACUACUGCUACCCCAACCUGCUGGUGCAGGCGCACCUCAACGCCGACCUGGGCCAGGUGCGCGCGGACGCGCAGGGCUGCCUGCAGCUGUGCCUGGAGGAGGCGGCCCACGGGCUGCGCAACCCCGUGGCGCUGGUGCACGCGCACGACGGCACCCACCGCCUCUUCGUGGCCGAGCAGCUGGGGCUGGUGUGGGUGUACCUGCCCGACCGCGCGCGCCUGGCCGCGCCCUUCCUGAACCUCAGCCGCGCCGUGCUCACCUCGCCCUGGGAGGGCGACGAGCGCGGCUUCCUGGGGCUCGCCUUCCACCGCCAAUUCCGCGACAACGGCCGCCUCUUCGUCUACUACUCCGUGGGCACCGACUUCCGCGAGCGCAUCCGCAUCAGCGAGUUCCGGGUCUCCGCGGAGGACGCGAAUGUGGUGGACCACGAGUCUGAGAGGAUCAUCCUGGAGAUUGCAGAACCGGCCUCGAACCACAACGGGGGCCAGCUGCUCUUCGGCGAGGAUGGCUACCUCUACAUUUUCACCGGAGACGGGGGCAUGGCCGGAGACCCCUUUGGCAAAUUUGGAAAUUCCCAAAACAAGUCGGCGCUGCUGGGCAAGGUGCUGCGCCUGGACGUGGACCCCGCGGCCCGCGACCCCCCGUACCGCAUCCCGCCCGACAACCCGUUCGUGCGCGACCCCGCGGCGCGGCCCGAGGUCUACGCGCUGGGCGUGCGCAACAUGUGGCGAUGCUCCUUCGACCGCGGCGACCCCGCCACAGGCGCGGGCCGCGGGCGCCUCUUCUGCGGGGACGUGGGCCAGAACCGCUUCGAGGAGGUGGACCUGGUGGAGCGCGGCCGCAACUACGGGUGGCGCGCGCGGGAGGGCUUCGAGUGCUACGACCGCAGCCUGUGCGCCAACGCCUCGCUGGAUGACGUGCUGCCCAUCUUCGCCUACCCACACAAGCUGGGCAAGUCUGUCACGGGGGGCUACGUGUACCGCGGCUGCGAGUACCCCAACCUGAAUGGACUCUACAUUUUUGGAGAUUUCAUGAGCGGGCGCCUCAUGUCGCUCCGGGAGCACGCGGAGACGGGCCAGUGGCGCUACAGUGAGAUCUGCAUGGGCCAGGGCCAGACCUGCGCCUUCCCGGGCCUCAUCAACCACUACCACCGGCACAUCAUCUCCUUCGGGGAGGACGAGGCCGGGGAGCUGUACUUCCUGUCCACGGCUGUGCCCAGCGCAACGGCUGCCCGUGGGGUUGUGUACAAAGUGAUCGACCCCUCCAGGCGGGCACCCCCGGGCAAGUGCCAGAUUGAGCCCACUGAGGUGAAGGUGAAGAGCCGCCUCAUCCCCUUCGUGCCCAAGGAAAAGUUCAUCCGGAGGCCCGAGGGCACCCGGCGCCCGCCAGCGCGCGCGCCCACGCAGCCGCCCCGCCGCGGCAGCCGCCCCACGGCCGCCCCGUCGGGGUCCACGCGGCGACCGCCCCGCCCCACGCGGCGGCCCGGGGGCCGGAAGGGCAACCAGGGGCGGGCCCGCGGCCGGCCGAGCCCCACGGACCACCCUGCGCCCCGCCGCGGCGCCGUGCGCCUGGUGUCCCCCGCCGGCCUGGGCCCGGGCAGCGGGCGCGUGGAGGUGUUCGCGGGCGGCCGCUGGGGCACGGUGUGCGACGACGCGUGGGACAGUCGCGCGGCCACCGUGGUGUGCCGCCAGCUGGGCUUCGCGCACGCCGUGCGGGCCGCCAAGCGCGCCGAGUUCGGGGAGGGCCGCGCGCUGCCCAUCCUGCUGGACGACGUACGCUGCACGGGCGCCGAGGCCAACCUGCUGGACUGCAGCCACCGGGGCGUGGGCCGCCACAAUUGCGGCCACCAGGAGGACGCCGGCGUGGUCUGCAGCCACCACGAGCCGGGCCCCUAGCCGCCGCGGAGCCCGGACGGACG